CACAACACUAACCUUUGUUGUGGUGAGUGCGAUUAGCAUUUCUACAGCUCUUAGAAAAAAACCAUGCCUGAGCCCUCCAAAUCUGCUCCUGCUCCGAAGAAGGGCUCCAAGAAAGCCAUCACUAAGGCGCAGAAGAAGGAUGGCAAGAAGCGCAAGCGCAGCCGCAAGGAGAGCUAUUCCAUCUACGUGUACAAGGUGCUGAAGCAGGUGCACCCCGACACCGGCAUCUCGUCCAAGGCCAUGGGCAUCAUGAACUCGUUCGUCAACGACAUCUUCGAGCGCAUCGCGGGCGAGGCGUCGCGCCUGGCGCAUUACAACAAGCGCUCGACCAUCACGUCCCGGGAGAUCCAGACGGCCGUGCGCCUGCUGCUGCCCGGGGAGCUGGCCAAGCACGCCGUGUCCGAGGGCACCAAGGCCGUCACCAAGUACACCAGCUCCAAGUGAGUGUGUUUGGAGGCACAGUCCAACCCAAAGGCUCUUUUCAGAGCCACCCAC